AUGGGCGUCAGUUGUAAGGCUGCCACGUGUCAGAGUGGGCGAGGUUGCCCUAAUGUUGAGAUCGGUAAGUAUGGUACCGAAGGAGUCCCCCAAGUCCCCUUGCGAGAGUCUUCGGAAGGGGAUUUGAAGUCAUCCUCGGGAGGAAACACGGCCUUACCGUUCGGUAACCCCCUCGGGGGAGGGGCCAAACCUUGUUCCUUCCGGCAUGACCAGCUCAGAGGCUGA